CGUGACCAAUACGUGACCACAAGAAAGACUUCACUGGUGCUAGCUGACUUUCUUGCCAGACUCAUCCAGUGGAUAAAAACACGAAAAGGAGACAACUUGAAUAAAACAAUUUGCUUUUACGUAAUGAUGAAAUGCAGGCAGCUACAAUGGAUCCAGCGGAAGAGCCCCCAUCAAUGUUGUGGGGACUGGAUCCGAUCUUUGCUGCCUUCGCCAGGCUGUAUGUCAGAGACAUCUUGGAGAUGGUAGAGUCCACACAGGUGCCAGGUAUUUAUUUCUACAACUUACACCCAAUCUACAAAGUUGAUGUACUUGGGACAGUAGUUUACAAGAGGGAAAGAGAUGACUUCUUCUGUUAUGGAGUGGAUGAUGGUACUGGUGUAAUAAACUGCCUGUGCUGGAAAAAUGACCUAUUGAAAGAGCAGAGGGAUUCUACUAAAUCAGGGGAUAAACAUAAUGAUGGGGCCCAAGGUGGUUUCAACCCAGCUGUUGAGCUGGAAAAGCUGAGACAGGCCCACCAGAGUCGCUGCCACCUGGAGAUCGGAGAGCUGCUCCGAGUCAGAGGACCAGUGAAGACGUCAAGGCAACAGAGAGAAAUCAUGGCCUCCACCUACUAUAAAGUGAACGACCCGGUAAUGGCAGUCCAGAUAGCAUGGAUGUUGGAGGUUCCUGACCUCUACCGGCAGUUCUAUGACAAACCCUUCCAGCUCCAACCUAUUGCAACGGGUGACUUAGGCAUUAGUUCCCUCAGCAAGGCAACUGGUAUCAUCAGAGAUUUCUUCAAGCAGAAGUCAGUGAUCAAGUUCAGACCCUAUGAUGUGCAGGACCUCUUGCAGCCUCUGAUCUCCAGCCAGCCUCAAACAGCAUCAGCACACCAGGAGCCUGUUGCAGGUCCGUCUGUAUGCCAGCAGCUACGCCAACUUUUGAAAGAGGCCCUGCAAGUAUUACAGGACGAGGGUACGGUGUACCGCAAGGUCAAAUCCCAGGAUGAAGUCUAUCAUGUGACUGCACAUGACAAAGAUCUACUCAUAGCCGUCAAAGACAUCAUCAGGGAGGACUCAAAGAGGGAGAAGUAUGCAGAGAAGGGUUGCCACACCCUGCACAUCCUGUCUGCAGUCAGGCAGCGCUACAGCCUCAACGUGAGCAAGGCCGCACUGGAGCUGGUCCUCGGGUCACUGGAGUGCAACAGUGAGAUCGUCAGCACCAGCGAUAACCAUUAUACUGUGUUCUAACUUGAGCGCAGUGAGCUCAGGAACCCAGUGUUACUGCAUAUGCCAUGUGUAGUGUGGCUUAUUGCUCCAAAAUGUUAGGGUCCAAUAUGUUUAAGUAAAUCAUGCCGUUUGUAUUCCUUUAUUCAUCAUGAUCAUCAGAUGUGGCACUUGCAAACCUUUUGUUGUCCUUUAAAUUAUUGCUGCACGUUGGUGUGCACAUGUUGAAUAUUAAGUUUAAUUCAAAUUUAUUUGACAGACAUGACCACUCUGUUGUUGUAAAUAUUUAUAAUGGCAGAAAUUUUAAAAUAGAUAUAAAAUAAACAACACACCAGGCAGCCAAGCUAAAAUUCAUGCAUUUCUGGAUUAAACUGCCAGGCAAUGAUGAGCUCCAGAGUCCCCAUUAAGCCCCAGUCCUAUGACACUUGGUCCAUUAUGUACAGCUUUUCCAUAAUAAAUCUGUAUAUUUUGUCUUACCACAGUUCAACAGCAAUUAUGCCAUGAAGCAGCAGUAUGCAUGACAUACCUCUUGUCUCCUGUGAUUAAAAUGACAGAAACAUAUGUUACCAAGUAUGUCGUGUCAUAGUCAGAGAUCUUUUAAACUUUAAAAUGUUGGAUCCUGUGUGUCCCAUAAUGCAGUUUGACACCAUUUGUCUUAAUACUUCCCCUGAGUGUAAUCAAUGAAGUGCCUCUUUAAUUACAAAUGUAUGAGUUACCUGAAAGCCCUUUAUAUUAUGUUAUAUAAUAUAUUAAUAAAUUAAAUAGUCACAAA